AUGCCGCCCUCAUCGCUUCCGUCGAGGCGGCGGGGCGCGGCAGCGACGCGGCGGUCAACUUCGCCCGUCGGCGUGAUGCGUGAGUGUUUGCGGCCUCCGGUUGGGGCGGCGCGGUGGCAGGCGGUGCCUCGCGCUGCGUGUUCCCUCCGCCCCGCCGCCGGCGUCGCGCGGGCCCUGACGGCGCCCACGCCCACACGCAAAGCACCCCCCCACAGGACAAAGGGGCUCCACACGUUUCCCUCCGAGCCGGCGCAGGUGGGGCUGGGCGCGGCCGCGCAAACGGGUUGGGCCCGGAACGAGCUCUCCGCGGCGGCGCGUGCGGCGGAUGACGUGCUGCCUGCGCCACGGCCCCGGGAGGCGGCUUCGUCGGUAGCAGUGGCCUCCUCCUCGGCGGCUUGUGGAUCCCCAGCGGGGGUGCGGCCCACCUCCGCGGCGGCCACUGUCCUUGCCGCGGCAGCGGCUGCUGCUGCUGCUGCUGGCGUCAGCGAGGAUAGUGCAGAAACUUCACGUGCGUCACUGAGCCGGCGAGGGUUGUCGGUCCACGCGACGCCGUUUCGGCCGCGCGCGGCCACCGCCCUGAGUAGAUUGACGUCGGGAGCGGAGGCGUCCGAAGUGGGGAGCCUUUUUCCGCCUCAGCAUGCGCAGCCGCCGGAGGUGGGCGGUCGCCAGCCUCGGCCGGCCCACACGCCAGCCCCAGAGUUUCCCCGCACCCCGCUGGCCAGCGAGUUGACGGGCGUCCGCCUCUCCACCUCGUCGGGCAACAUCGCUUUCGUUACCGUGCCGCAUGUCUCCUCUACGGCGUCAUUUGGCGGUGGCGACUCGUUGCAGAUGUCGACCUCACUGCUUUCACCUUCGCCUGCGGCUACCACGUUGCACAGGCCGCAACAACAACAACAGCAACAACAAUUGCAUCUGCUUCGCAACGCGCUUAGGGUCGGAGGUAGCAGCUCUGACACCAUUUUUUCCCCCUCCGACCUGAGAGAGGAGAGUUUCUCCGACGAUGUUCGGCACCGCCGCGUCCCCUUCACGGACGCCGAGGCGAUGGACGAAGCCGUCAUGCUGCACCUACUGCGCGGCAGCAGCGGCAGCAGCAGCAGCGUCGCCGACCACGACCACAACGACGACGAGAACGACGACGACGACGACGAUGAUGACGACGCCGUCUGCGUGGAGCAACUCCAACACCUGCCCACCCCUGACGCCGCCGCGACGCUGCAGACGGAUCUCGACGCCAACCACUACGCGGGGGGAUUUUGGGACUUGGAGGGCCCCUCCGCCGCCACGCGACGCUUCCUGCAUCGGGUCGCCUCUUCAACGGCCUCCCUCGCCUUGACGACGCGCAGCGGCAGAGGAAGCCCCGCCGGUCCGCGGGAGCGGGGCGCGGCCGGGCGCCGCAGCGGCUUCAACGCCGACAGCAGCGAUGACCUCUGGGAGAUGAACAGUAGCGCCUACGCGGACAGCCUCGACGAUGCCCAGGUUGAGUGGAUCGAGCAGCAAUUACGCGCCAAGGAAAACCCCGACGAUUUCUUCUUUUAA